UGAAAAUAUCUAUUAUAUAGCAUAAAAUGUUUGUUUACCUAGCGUUACGCAUUUCUGGCAAGAUAUGUUAGGUAGCCAUCAUCCAACUAUGACACUAAACCUUGCCAUAUGAACAUUAUCGCAACGCAUAGGAUAACUGGCAUCCAGUUACCCAGUGAUAACAGGUACACAUUGCGUUGCUUCUUACCUUGCCUUCGAGGAGAGGCAGAAUUGUACAUUUUGGAAACUAGCCUUUAGGGCUCUUCGCUGGCAGCACGUCUGAACACUAUAUUUAACAAGUCUUACCUCUAAAUCCAGUCGCGCCGGACUAGGGUCCCAUUGUCCCGCCCCAUGUCUUAUCGCCUUUCCACCUGAGCUGCACUGGCAGCAGCAACCUUCCAUAACAAUACAUGGCGACGAAAAGCUUACCUCCGUUACUAUCGCCUCGCGCGACCAGCCCGCCCGAGCGCCUUGCGACGCCACCCACCAUCCUCCAAGGCGCCUCCCGCUCCGGCGGCGGCAGCCUCGCUCCCCUUAGCCCCUUCAGCCACUCCCUUACCCCUCUCAGCUCCCUCGGACCGCUCGGUCCCCACAACGCCCUGAGCCCACUAGCCGCCCUCCGCGGCUCCGGCACCGACCUGCCCUCCUCCCCCAACGCCGCCCUCGCCUCCAUCACCAACCGCAUCUCAGUCGCCAGCGGCCUCCAGGCCACCACCUCCGCCGCCCUCGCCAGCCCCCACCCAGCACGCAUCAGUGCCGCGGGCGCUACCGGCCUGCUCGCCUCCGCUGCUGCUGCUGCUGCUGCUGCCGCGGGCACCGCCACCGCCGCCGGCUCCCCUGCUGGCGCCGCUGGCGCCAGUGCUAGCCCCAGAGGCGGUGCCGGCGGUGGCGGCGGCCCCUCCGCGCGUGUUGACAGCGGCCCGCGCAAGCCCACCCAGUCCCAGCUGUGCGAGCGGCUGCACGCACAGCUGCUGGAGGUGCUGCGGACCGAGUGGCGCAGCAUCCGCUCGUCCAACCUGGGCGUGCUGUCCGGCACCGCGGUGGUGGAGGAGCUGCUGCUGCGGCGCAUCCAGUCCUGGGCGGCGGAGCUGCACCUGCUGGCCAUCACGCACCGCAGCGCGGCGGAGAGGCUGGGGGCGCUGUGCAGGGGCAUGGGCGCGGAGGAGCUGCAGCAGCUGCUGGUCAUGCUCGACCAGACGGGUCACCCCGAGCUGUCCGACUUUGUUCGUCUGGUGGUGUUCAACACGGCCGACCCGGCCGCCAAGGGGGUGGUGGGGGACCUGCGGGCUCUCAGAGCGGCGCAUGGCGGCAGGCGGGCCCGCAGCACCCCCAGCAACCGCCGGCGGGCACCCAGCACUCAGCUCUCCUCCGCCCGUCCCUUCAGCCACCUGCUCUCCUCGGGUCCCCCCGACGACCCGGCGUCACUGCGCUUCGCCGGAUUGCUGCCGGAGGGGCAUCGGUUGGUGGCGGGGGCACGGGCGGUGGCGGAGCGGAGGCGGCAGCAGGAGGAGGAGCAGCGACGGGCGGCGGAGGCGAGGGCGGAGGCGCGCGCGCGGGCGCGGGCGGAGGCGGCGGCGGGGAGCGGGGAGGAUGCGGAGGCAGAGCGGCGGCCGUCGGACGCCUCCGCUCGCCACUCGGUGCUGCACGGCCGCGGCGCCCCGCCCGACAUCCUGCCGUACUUCAUGGCUGACGUGGAGGAGCAGUGGCGCCGUACGGUGGGCACGCGGGUUCCCGCGGAGGGCGUGUCGGACACCUGCAUCCUGCUCAGCGAGCCGCUGCCCACCUACGAGGCGCCGCCGGAUGUGGCGCUGAUGCGGCGGGAGGCGGAGGAGGCGGCGAUGGCGCCGCAGCCGGGGCCGCCGGGGCCCACUCGGGGUCACGCCUACCACGGUCCUCCCUCCCGCGGCGGCUCCAUCGCCUCCAUGCGCAACCUGCCCUUCACCCCGGGGGCGCCCGGACGGCCGGCAGGCGGAGGCGGCGGCGGCGGGGUGGCACCCUGGGGCGGGGGUCCGGCCGCCUCCGCCUCCUCCUCCUCCGUGGGCUCGCAUACCUUCCACCGCCUGACCACUACAGCCAGACCGGG